ACGGCGUUUCACGAGCGGGUUUUUUGGAAGUAGGUUUCGAACGCGCGCUUUCCUCCGCGUCAAUCCAGCGUAAUUGCCAUCGCUACUCAAUUGAAACCAAUGGUAGACAAAAAGUUGUUGACUUUCGUGUGCUUAUGCAUUUGUAUCCAGAUAUGCCAAAGUGCCAGAGGAGGCGGUAGAGGGAAACUGAGCAGGGGACGAGGCAGGAUUUUCAGUUCCAGCGUACCAGUGAUGAUUCAGCACAGGAACCCGGCGGCUAAAAGCUAUUACGAAAAUAAAAACGGCGCAAAAAUAGUCAAAUCCAGCCACUUCGAAUUGGAGUACAUGCUGGGAAGAAAAAUAACAUUCUUCUGCAUGGCUACAGGAUUUCCCAGGCCGGAGAUAGUUUGGUACAAAGACGGAAUUGAACUGUUAUACCACAAAUUUUUCCAGGUGCACGAAUGGCCCAUUGGAAACGACACGGUGAAAAGUAAAAUGGAAAUUGAUCCUACCACGCAAAGGGACGCUGGAUAUUACGAAUGCCAAGCGAAUAAUAAAUAUUCAAUCGAUUCCAGGGGCUUCAGAACCGAUUACGUUAUGAUCACGUAUUGAUGACGUUAUUUUUUAUGUUGUACGUAAUAACAGUUGGGUUCUUACGGAAAUAAAUGUAAAAUUAAGUAUCU